AUCCUUUCCAUAUGCGGACAGUCUUCCUCCAUCCCUCAUCAUCAUCAUCAUCAGCAGCAUCCUCCCUUUGAUGCUUCGACUACACCGAGAUUCGUCCAACCUGGGGAACUUGUGGCUUUUAAAAUGCCCAGUGUGACGGUGAAAGAUGUCAACCAGCAGGAGUUUGUCAAGGCGUUGUCAGCUUUUCUCAAAAAGUCUGGCAAACUCAAGGUCCCAGAGUGGGUUGACACUGUGAAGUUAGCGAGACACAAAGAGCUGGCACCCUGCAAUGACAACUGGUUUUACACCAGAGCAGCAUCCACAGCCCGUCACCUUUACCUACGAGGCGGUGUAGGAGUGGGCGCUAUGAUCAAGAUCUAUGGAGGGCGUCAGAGAAACGGUGUAUGCCCCGCCCACUUUAGCGUGGGCUCUAGAAACGUUGCAAGGAAGGUUCUUCAAGCCCUGGAGGGCCUUAAGAUGGUGGAGAAGGAUCCAAAUGGAGGUCGUCGGCUAACUCCUCAGGGCCAGAGGGACUUGGACAGGAUUGCUGGUCAGGUUGCCUCAGCAAACAAGAAACAGCGAAGUUUACAAAGCGCCGCCUGAGGAAAGCAUUCACAGCAUAUUUACGCCUGUGAAACACAGUUAUCUAUUACUGUAUAUUUACACAAGUUUGCUUGACUUUCCAUAUCAGCCUGGCCCUAACAGCAUCCAGGGAGAGAAUACAGCAAGAUGCAUGCAUGUGUAGUGGAGUAAAACUGAUCCUGUGAACCAGUGACAAACAUGAGCAUGUUAAAGUUGUUGCUAUCCACUAAGAAAUUAUAGAGACUUACAAAAAAACAAAUGCAAUAGACCUCCCUGAAAAAACACAUUUUAUUAAUUUGUUGCUGAUAC